UGUUGGAUUGUUGUUCCUGCGCGUUUGACGGAAAACGGAUUUUGCCAAUCCCAACAGAACAUCGCAUCGCAGAAAACACCGAACGAAAGGUGUUUUGAUGUCCGUCCCCUUUUUCCCAAACAAGUCAGAUGAAAUUUCGCGUUUCAACCUCUCUGCAAACCCUAAUCCUCUUUUUCUUCUUUCUCUUCUUCCUCGAUGGCACCUUCUCCACCUCACAAUCCCAACUCUCCCUUCUCUCUCUCCCUCCCUCAGUUAAACAGGCCACGGCCCUCGUCGCCGCCCUCGAUGGCACCAUGUACUUGGUCGACAGUGUUUCCGGGAGGGUCAUUUGGUCUUUUUCCACCGGAUCCCCAAUCUACCAUUCCUAUCACGCUCCCAUCAAUAACCCUAAGGACAACGUUACCGGCCUCAUCGAAUGCGGCGAUGACUGGGAAUUAAUCGUUCACGACACUCACUUUGGUAAAACGAGGCUCUCUGAAUCAAUCGCAGAUUAUGUUGCUUUUACUCCUACGGUAACGAAGGAGGGAGCUGUUGUACUUGGAUCCAAAAGAAGCACUGUGUUUGAAGUGAAUGCUAGAACUGGAGCGCUUUUUCGAAGCUACUCUGUUUCUGAUUUUCAUGACAAUGCUUCUAGUGUGGUGUCAAGUGAUGGUGACGGGAAGCGGGUUAGAACUGCCAAGAAUAACGAGCUUGCUGACCCUGCUCAACUGAGUUCACCUCAGUUCUUGCUCAGGAUUUUCAGGACGGAUUAUUUCUUGCAAUCGGUUGGUCCAGGAAGUGGAUUAGUUUUGUGGACAAUGGCUGUGGCUGAAUUUAAGGCUGUAUUGCUUUGUCAACAUAAUGAGAAUCGUUCUGACGGCGGUUCGUUUGAUGCAGAGGAUGUGUAUGUUUCUGAGAGUGACUUGGAUUUUGCUAUGCCGUAUGCAUGUUGGGACAGAAAUCUGAAAGAAGUCUACCGCCAACGCAAGAAUUUUCUGUUGGAACAUGCUGACCUUGAAAGACUGUCUGGGGCUUAUCAAGAGAAUGAUAUGCGUACUUCAGAGCUGAUGCUUCCAUCACAGCCUGAUAUUGAUAGAUUUGUCCCUGGUCAAGAAGGUAAAAUGAUGCUACCUUUGCCUAUGCCAAACUCCGUGCCCUUGUUGCCACAAAAAGUCAGCUUCUACGAGAGCAAUGAUAAUGCCGUUGUGCUCCCUCAGCCUCUUAUGGAGAUUGCUGCCCCAGAGAAAGUUGGUCCAAAUAGGGCUAUUGAAUGGUUGACAGGGUUGCCUCUUAUAUUAUUUACAGUCUUUUUUGGUUUUUUUAUCUUCCACUCUCUUGGGGUUAAAAAUAAAGUUGUAUUAAAAGAGCAAAACAAUGAGUUAAGCUCAAAAAGUUUACCUCCUCCCAAGAAGAAGAAAGCAAGAAAGUCAGGAAAGAAUAAUAUCAUUGUUGACAAGCAGGAUAAACAUAUAUCAUUGACUGACGAGGAUAUACUGUUAGCUGAUGGACGCAGGAUUGGUAAACUAUUUGUAUCAAAUAAAGAAAUUGCUAAGGGAAGUAAUGGUACCAUUGUCCUUGAAGGGACAUACGAAGGCCGAGCAGUUGCUGUCAAACGUCUUGUUCAGGCUCAUCAUGAUGUAGCCCACAAAGAAAUCCAAAAUCUCAUUGCAUCCGACAGACAUCCAAACAUUGUCCGAUGGUAUGGGAUGGAAAGCGAUCAUGAUUUUGUUUACCUUGCUCUGGAGCGCUGUACAUGCAACUUGGAUGAUUUGAUUCAUAUUUAUUCUGAUAUGAUUGACAAUCCAGCAUAUAGCAAGGACCAAUAUUCUAGAAUUUUGAAAAAUGCUCUGAGGGAGACAGAGACAAAUGAUAUACAAUAUCUUUGGAAAGCAAAUGGCUUUCCAUCACCUCUACUACUGAAACUGAUGAGGGAUGUAGUUUCUGGGCUUGUUCAUUUGCAUGAACUAGGAAUAAUACAUCGGGAUUUGAAACCCCAAAAUGUUUUGAUAAUAAAAGAAAGAUCUUUAUGUGCAAAGCUUUCUGAUAUGGGAAUUAGCAAACGCCUCCUUGAAGAUAUGUCUUCUCUGGGUCAUAGUACUACUGGCUGUGGCAGUUCAGGUUGGCAAGCACCAGAACAACUUGUUAAAGGACGCCAAACACGAGCGGUAGAUUUAUUUAGUUUAGGUUGUGUCCUCUUUUUCUGCAUGACUGGAGGAAGACAUCCAUUUGGAGAACGUCUUGAACGUGAUAUCAAUAUUGUGAAAAAUCAAAAGGACCUUUUCUUAGUGGAGUUCAUUCCCGAAGCUGAGGAUCUUAUUUCUAGUUUGUUAAACCCUAACCCCGAUCUAAGGCCAAAAGCUAUUGAAGUAUUGCAUCAUCCUCUUUUUUGGAGCUCUGAGAUGAGACUUUCAUUUCUUCGCGAUGUAAGUGACAGGGUGGAACUUGAAGAUAGAGAAACUGAUUCUGAUCUUUUGAAGACACUAGAAAGCAGUGCUCCACUGGCUUUAGGUGCAAAAUGGGAUGAGAAGCUGGAUCCUGAUUUCAUUACUAACAUUGGUCGUUACAGGAGAUAUAAAUUUGACAGUGUUCGAGACUUGUUGAGGGUUGUGAGGAACAAGCUAAAUCAUUAUAGAGAAUUGCCUCAAGAAAUCCAGGAACUGAUAGGACCUGUUCCGGAAGGAUUCAAUGACUACUUUGCUAGUCGAUUCCCAAGGCUCUUGAUUGAAGUGUACAAAGUUAUAUGCAAAAAUUGCAAGGAUGAUGAAUGUUUUCAAAGAUAUUUUAGAUACAAUAACUAGUGCCUUGGUCUUGCUUGGAUGUCUUGAGAAUUAAUCAAUAGAAAUACAGCGGUUGGUUGCAGCAUGGAGCCAAAUGAGUUUACAUUUACAAAGUGGAGCAAUGGACUUGUAAUGUAGUAUAAUGUAAAUAUGUUGCCACUUGACACUGACUACUCUAACCCAAAGUUACAAUGGAAUGGCAUCAUUAUUGCCCCUACUGUUUAUUAGACUUUAGAGGUUUCAGCUAAAUGUACAUUAAUUUAUUUUACAAGGCUAUGGCCUGGGUAAUUCUCUCAAAUCAUGUAGAAUUAAGAAUUACAAAAACUUUAUGUAUCAGAAUUUCUCAUACAUCAGAGACCUAGUUUUGGAGGUCACAAUGCUAUACAAACAAGAAUUGGAACUAGGCCAUUUGUCCGUUAGCUCAUGUAAACCAAAAAAAUGAUUAUGAUAUCUCAAAGAUAUCCCGUGAUUAAAUUUUUCA